AUGUGCCAAGAGGAUGCUAGGUGCCGCAGAAACAGCAAUAUUCAGGUGGACGAGGGCCCUGCGCUCGUGAACCAUGAGCAGGGCCUCGCCUGCUAUGGGAAGCCCAGGCCCAGCUUCCAGUCGUGGGGUUUGGCCUGGUGGGACUACGCCAGCAGUGUGCUGGGGCCAAGGCACACCCUGGCACUGCAGAAGCGCUCAGGGACCCAAGGACCGGACCUACGGCAAAAGGCCCCUCAGAAACAAAGGAGCCUCCCUGCGCCGUGCACCCUGGAAAGCUCCAUCUCCGGGGACUGCAGCGGGCCGAGCCGGGAGGAGGCGGGACGGCGACGGGGCGCAGAGCCAAGCCGGGCCGAAUCCGGGGCUGAGGCGCCAUCUAGCGCUCGCCCGCGCGACCCCAUUGUUCCUCCGAGAGUGGAGGUCGCGCCCGGUCCCCAGUCGGGGGACAAUUUGCUGGGAACCAACGUCGCCCAGCCGAGAGCGACCUGGCCGCAGGCCUCGCCCCCGCGCCGCGGGCCCUCCCGGCUGCCGCCCAGCCUCCCGCACCCUCACCGCCCGCUCUGCGCCCAGAGCCCCGAGCCCGAGGGAGGUGCCAUGCGGAGCGCUCCGAGCCGGUGCGCCGUGGCCCGCGCCCUGGUCCUGGCCGGCCUCUGGCUGGCUGCAGCCGGGCGCCCCCUAGCCUUCUCGGAUGCCGGGCCGCACGUGCACUACGGCUGGGGCGAGUCCGUCCGCCUGCGGCACCUGUACACCGCGGGUCCCCAGGGCCUCUCCAGCUGCUUCCUGCGCAUCCACUCAGACGGCGCCGUGGACUGCGCGCCGGUUCAGAGCGCGCACAGUUUGAUGGAGAUCAGGGCAGUCGCUCUGAGUACCGUGGCCAUCAAGGGCGAGCGCAGCGUCCUGUACCUCUGCAUGGGCGCCGACGGCAAAAUGCAAGGGCUGAGUCAGUACUCGGCUGAGGACUGUGCCUUUGAGGAGGAAAUCCGUCCGGACGGCUACAACGUGUACUGGUCCAAGAAACACCACCUCCCGGUGUCCCUGAGCAGCGCCAGGCAGAGGCAGCUGUUCAAAGGCAGGGGUUUCCUGCCGCUGUCUCACUUCCUUCCCAUGCUGUCCACCAUCCCCACAGAGCCCGAUGAAAUCCAGGACCACUUGAAGCCCGAUUUGUUUGCUUUGCCCCUGAAAACAGAUAGCAUGGACCCAUUUGGGCUCGCCACCAAACUGGGAGUGGUGAAGAGUCCCAGCUUCUAUAAGUAA